AUGUACAAGAGGAAAGCCUCAGCCUCAGGCAUUGAAACUUCUACAUGCGACUCUAAACGGCCUCGCUACUGGUUGAGGAUGAACAGAGACACCAAUCUUGCUACUCAGUCCACCAGCUCGCACAACUACCAUGGUGUAAAAGCCACACCUAUUCCACCUGAUAUUGAUGAUGGUCAGGUUUCCACCAGCACAAAGGACAGGCAAAUUUGGUCAGAGGCUGAGGAAGUUGGGUUGAUUGCGUAUAUAACUAGCAGGCGAAGUGAGGGUGGAGAUGGGAUGAAUUUCCCAAAGAAAUUCUGGCCAAAGGCUGCUGUGGAAUUCAAUCAGAAUAUACAAAAGGCUCAUGUAGUUUACCCUGCAAAGGAAGGCAAGCACUGCUCUAGCAAAUGGGGAAGGCAAUUGGGCUUUCAUUGGGAUGAUACUAAUGGUGCAGAUAUCACAAUUGAAAGCAACACUGUAUGGGAGGAUACCUCAAG